CAGCAUUGAUGUCCUUUAAGAACAAAUCAGCUAUCAACAUACUUUAUUUUACCGGGUUGGUUUGGUUCCGUUGAGAAUGAAAUUUUUUGGUGAUUGAAGGUAAAUGUAAAAGUUCUUGAAGAUGACUACGGGUGAAGAUGAAGGAGAAGAUGAUGAAGGUCCAUGAUUUUUGUAAGCCAUCAGAUGAAGAUCUCCUUGCCGUGAUGCAGUCUGGCUUGAUGUGGAUCAGGGCACCUACUUGGUCACCUUUACGUGCUUCCUUGAACAUAGGGCAAGAGGAAAAUAUGGUAGAAGAAGAAUCCCAACAGAUCCUUAUCUUUCGAAAUUCAUGAGAGGCCCACCUCAUUUCACAUGAUCAUCCAAAGGCCCUCUCUUUCAGGUUCACUUUUGAACUCAGCAUAAUACCCAUAUGGGAAUACAAUCCGCCAACCGGUAAUAAUCCUUGGAACUCUUAAAAAAUAUCUCUUUUUCGUUCAAGUUUUCUUCUCUUUAUGGCGUACACCCCGGCUAUUUUAGUAACAUUUGUGUUACUAUCAUGGCUAACACCCCCAUUAUGCUCAUGGGCAUCAGGAAGAGAUGAUAGCUAUGUCCUUGAUGCUUGUAGUGUUACACGAUAUCAAGAUCUGUGCAUUCACUCCCUUGCUUCAUACUCGAACAUUGCCAAGAAAGAUCCUAGUAAGUGGGCUCGGGCUGGGGUUUCCGUCACCAUAGGUGAAACCAAAAAUACGACCCGAUACUUAGUUGCACUUAAGAAGAGGAAUCGCUUGAAGGGAAGAAACCGAAUGGCGCUUUUCGAUUGUCUGGAGGUGUUUCAAGAUACAUUGGACAAUUUGCACAAAUCUUUAGGGGUGCUUAGAAAACUUAGUGAUGAGAUAUUUGAUGCCCAGAUGGAGGAUAUAACUACUUGGAUGAGUACUGCACUUACUGAUGAAGAUACUUGUUUAGAUGGGUUUGGGGGGCAAAAUGGGGAACAAGUUAAGUUGUUGGAAAGGAAGGUUACAAGAGUGAGUUAUUUCACUAGUAAUGCUCUUGCUCUUGUGGCUAAACUUGCUUCAGAUGGGCCAUAGGUGAAGAGUGAAGACCCAUUUGACCAUUAUGCCCUUUUGGCAAAAUCUUUUAUCUUUUCUUUGUCUUGCCCUUAUUAGAAUAAAGAAUUGUUCAUAAAAUUGUUGGUAAAGUGGAUGAAACUAUUGUGUCAAUGCCUUCCAUCUUUGUUAUUUGUUAUUUUGUGGUAUCGACGACUCUUUGGAUCCGACUACAUCGUGGGGAAUUUUGCGUGUCUAAGGGGUUGUUCGGUUGGUUCUUCAACGAGGAUAUGUUCAGUUGCGGUUUAAUAGGUUAUAUAGCUUAUCUGAUAAGCCAUUCAAACCUGUUCGUUUGUUGCUUAAUCGGAUAGCCAAGCUUAUUUUGUCAGGCUGGAGAAAGUUGUGUGCAUGUAUUAAGUUGUUUGUGGGUAUGGAUAUGGUUAAAUUUUUGUUC